UAAUAAGCAAAGAAGAAAAACAGCAUUACAGUCAUGGAAGGCUUGAUUCCCUACCUCAUUCAUGCCAUGAAGAAGCAGAGGCCUCACCAUGGUUUUAGGUCCAUGUCCAUGGGCUCUAGCCGGAGCUACCAUUUGCUGUUAGGCGGCGGACAGGACUCCCUUGAGGGGUCGUCUCACCGGAGAACAAGGUCUGACUUCCAGCCACCUACCGUGGAGUUCCUGGAGCAGCAAGGGUUUAACAAGGGUUCUCUCAACUACCCUUCAAUGGCUGGCGGCUCAACCAUGAGCACGAGCAUAAGCAGCUUUUCUCAGCAACAACUGUCCAAGCCUAGCAACAACUAUGCUUCUAAUCUUCGGCAACGAAUCUGAUUGUUCAAAGUUCACACAGAAAAACGGAAGUUUGGAGUUCAAGCAGAAAAAAUUGAAGUUUGGAGUUCAUGAUUCUAUUGAUUUUUUUUUUUUUUCAAAUAAUUUCUGUUCGCUAGUUGUUUGGAGAUGAUCAUUAAGUGUAUUGUGUUCAUUAAGGUAUUGUCUGGAUUCUUGAAUUGUACAUUCAAACCGUUUAUGUAAUAAAUAGAUGUUUCUUUA